AUGGUUGUGGCCGAGGAGUGCUACUCGCGCACUCGCUCAUGGGUGCCCGUGCGCCGGCAUGUGGUCGAGGAGGAGUGCUACCAGUACCGGUCGGGCGAGACGAGCUCCAGCGGCGAGUGUCAGACACCGCGCCGCUCGUCGCGGCCGUAUCAGCUGACCUGCGCCAACGGCACCACCAUUCAGCUUAGCCGCGACGAGAUGAUCGGCAUGCAGCCACCCUAUCGCAUCGCCAGCAAGGAGCAGGACAUUAUGCACGAGCUCUACUACAGCGGACCUGUGCAAGCCAUCAUGCAGGUGCACGAGGACUUUUUCUCGUACCGCUCGGGCGUGUACCGGCCGACGAGACUGCGGCAGUCCUCGCGCACCGCUCAUCACUCCGUCCGCCUGCUCGGCUGGGGCGAGCAGCCGGGCCCGCGCGGCGAGCCCGUGAAGUACUGGAUUGCAGCCAACUCGUGGGGCCGCCAGUGGGGCGAGGAUGGCCUGUUCCGCAUCGUGCGCGGCCAGAACGAGGCCGACAUCGAGACGUUCGUGGUGGGCGCCUGGGCCAAGCCGAGCCGCGGUGACAGGCGUCGCUCGCGCGGCUACCGCCAGUACCGGCGCAACAGGCGCCACCACCUACGCGCUAGGCGGCACCACAAGACCACCAAGCAGUAGCGCGCUUGUGGCUAGCGCCGCCGGUUCGAGACACCCGGUCGGCGGCUGGUCGCCUCAGCACUGCCACGGAUCGGCGCCGGAAAUGAACCGGAAGUGGUCGCUUCCGCCGCGAGGUGGCCGUCGCGGAGAGCGGAGGAGAGGAAGGGCUUCCCGGCCGGCUGCCACCGUCUACUGCGUCACCUUCUGUAGCAAGCUUGGUAUGAGAGCUGAUUGAGUGGGAGAGAGAGUCUUCGUGGUUCUGGUCAGGAACACAAGGUGUGCAACGUUCGCGUAGCCGAUUGGAUGUGAGAGGGGAAGGAGCUCUCGCUUGCCUGUAUGCUUGUGUAAACAACAUGCCUGUGUGCAACUAGACCCGACAUUUCGCCGUGCUCUGUUGGGGAGGUUUUGGUACUCCUGUCAUGUCGUUAAAGCAGGUCUGUAUCGCCAAGGCAGUCCGGGUGGUGAUUCGACGACGUGCGUGGUCGCAUUGUUCACAUGCGCACGCGAAUGCUGAAAUCCGCGGUGAGCUGUUACUUUGACGGGAGUCGGACGCAGCGUGGAAGUAAUGCUCUAUCAAAACGACUUGAGCGAAGUCUGAAGCAUCUGGAUGCGAAGUGCUACGUUAUCGGCUUGGUCGGCGUCAUCGGCUGUCAUCGGUGCUUCUGACGAGAAGAAGAGUGCGGACAUGUAGGAGAGAUAGUGGUCUAAUGGAGGUUACGGAGUAUGCAUGUGAACCACGCGCCUCGUUCGUGCGAACUGCGUGCCAGGUAAUGAUCCGCCUCCCUGCCGGCCGGCUGGAACAGGUCCCUGACUUUGCGGGCCUGUUUGGCGAGGUGUGUCAGUGCCUGCGCCGACUGCCUCCAUUGUGGUGCCACUCUGCUGUCGGCGAUAACGCUUCCUGCUGUAGUCAUGAGCAGCGGGGCCUGAGCGCGGUCGCAGACCUCGAACAGGCCCUCGCUGCUGCUUUCUGGCCGCUCAAUAGCCGACGUCAGCAACUUUAGCGCCCGAACACUGCCAUCUUUGCUGUAUUAGUGUAAUGACGGUUGCGUUUAUUUCUGAUUCCGGAAUGACCUUGCGUGAAAUAAAGUCGUACAACUGC